AUGGCAGAUUUUGUGGGGACCGGUGGUGGUGACGAUGGUCGCGACUCGUUUUCUGUAUUCGAGGCAGAAGAGAGGGAGGAGAACGCACCGCUCUUCGUCGUCGAAGAUGACGACGGUGAUGAUGACUCAGAUUUUACAUCUUCCCGAGAAGGAGGAGGAAGUGAAGAGGAGGAGCGGAUGAACGGACACGAAAACCGAAAGACGGGCGGCAAAACGACGACGUCGUCGUCCUCGUCGUCGUACUACGCGGAGCGACGGAAAGUUUUCGCGCAGCAACUGAAGGAGACGGAGCCGAAAAAACUUGUCCUCGGGACGCUUUCGGUGUUGUGUUUUAUCAAAUUGGUGCAAAAGGUGUCGCAGAACGCGUUCGGGGUGAAUCAACCGGGGAGAGGCUUGAAGCAUCGAUGCAAUCGGUGCGCGAAGAAAGACGCGAGAGUGAAGUGUAAUCGGUGUAAAAAAGCAUGGUAUUGCUCGAAGGAGUGUUGGAAAGCUGCGAUUAAGUUGGAGAUUUGUGAGUGUUGUUGA